AUGGGGUGCGCCUCGUCGACGUUCCUCGAGGACGACGACCGCCGCAUCAUCGGCGUCUCCGCCUCCUCCUCCUCCCACAUCGUCUCCCUCACCUCCUCCACCUACGGCAUCCUCACCUACAACCCUACCUCCGACGCCCCUACAUCCACACCUCCACCGCCACCACCGCCUCCCCCGCCCUCCAGGUCCAAGCCCAAGCCACCCGCCGACGCGCCGCCGGAGGACGAGCCGCAGCCGCAGCCGGAGGCGGAGGUCAUCAACUCCUGGGAGCUCAUGGCGGGCCUCCACGACCCCACCACGCCGGCCAAACCCAAGCCCACCGCCACCGCCUCCCCGCGCCGCCCCACCGCCGACGGCAAGCCCCCGCGCUGCAUCCGCUUCCCGCUCCGCCCCAUCGACGGCAACACCCCACGCCCCGCACCCACCCCCACCCCACCUGCCCCCCGCUGCCCGCCGGGCGGCGCGCACUGCGCGGUGCUCUACACCACCACCCUCCGGGCCCUCCGCGACACCUUCGAGGCCUGCAACGCGGCGCGCGCGGCGCUGCACGCGCACGGCGUCGCCUUCCGGGAGCGCGACCUCUCCAUGGACCGCGGCUUCCGGGACGAGCUCCGCGCGCUGCUCCCGCUCCCGCUCCCCCUCACCCUCCCGCGCCUCUUCGUGCGGGGCCGGCACGUCGGCGGCGCGGAGGAGGUGCUGCGGAUGGACGAGGAGGGCGCGCUGGGGCCGCUGCUCCACGGCCUCCCGCGCGCGCGCCCCGGGGGCCGGUGCUGCGACGGAUGCGGCGGGAUGCGGUUCCUCCCCUGCUUCGACUGCUCCGGCAGCCGCAAGGUCGUCGUCGCGGCGGCUGCUGGGGCGGUCGUCAAGGGGCGCAGGGAGAGGGGCGUGCUCUUGCGCUGCGGCGAGUGCAACGAGAACGGCCUCGUCCUCUGCCCCAUCUGCUCCUGA